CACGCCCCAUUGAACACACGCGCACACACACACACGCACGUGCUGGCUUGUGAUCAGACAGCCGUGAGACGCCUUACCUGCGCUCCAGCUCUCCUUCAGCCGGGAAACAACUCCCUACGCCUGUCGUCUCCCUGCCACGGUCACCUGUUCCUCUCUCUCUUCCUGCGGCUCCGUCUCCCUUCCCUCCUUCCAUCACUCUACCCAUCCCCUCCCUCCCUCCUUUACCAGGGGGAUAUGAUGUGACCUUCUGCCGGAGAGCUGGAAAGCAUGCCACCGUCACAGCAGGCGCCGCGCGCCACACUGAAAUAGACUCUAACAAGUGCCGAGAGCGAGGGAGAGAGGGAGAGAGAGAAGAGGAGGAAGAGGGGGGGGGGGGAAAGAGGACAGCUGAAUCGUGGGACACGGAAUGAGUGGCUUGGAGACGGGGCUGCAUGUGGACUGCCGACCAAGGCAGUAGGAGACUGAGAUGGCCGUUCGUCAAGGCCACUGGAACGCUUCCCCGUGGUGGUGGCCACGCCUCCUUCCGAUCUUCCUCCUCCUAGGCUCCGCCCCCCUGGGGGGGGCGCGGCCCUUCAACACGCCCACGCAGGCGGUCAACGUGGCGGUGGUCUUCAGUGGCUCCGCCUACCAGUCGGAGAUCAAAGGACGACUGAGCCGGGAGAACUUCCUGGAUCUCCCCUUGGAGGUGAACCCCAUCACGGUGCUGGUGAACAACACCAACCCUCGCGCCCUGCUGACCAGGAUCUGCGACACGCUGGCGGCCAACCGCGUGCACGGCGUGGUGUUCGAGGACAACAUCGGCUCCGAGGCCGUGGCCCAGAUGCUGGACUUCAUCUCCACCCAAACAGCCGUGCCCCUGGUCGGGGUCAGCGGGGGCUCCGCCGUGGUGCUGCCCUACAAGGUAGAGGGGAGGGCUAGUCAGGAGUAUUGA